CGUACGCUACGUCGCACGUCGCGAGGUGACGUAAUCGCCUGACCCACUUGACGUUGAAGACGCUGCCGCCGCAUCAAUCGGCGACAACAAGACAUUAACGGAAUUAAAAAUAAAUACCGCACAGUCUCCAACGAACGUUCCAGCAGGACAAAAGAGGAGAAAUACACGCUUGUUCCUGAACUCUCCGCCACAACAUGUCCCAGGACAAGAGUGGCUACCCCAUUAUGGGGGAGUCCAACCCACUCCACAACAACAUCUACGGACCCCCGCAGCAGCAGGGCUUCGGCGUGAUGCCGCCCAACUACGGCCAAGGCCCCGGAGGUCCGUACCCACCAGCCGCCGGCUACGGCCAGCCUGGCUUCCCCCAGGCCGGCUUCGGGCCUGCUCCCUACCCGCAGAUGCCUUACCCCCAGAUGCCCUACCCGCAGGGGCCUUAUGCUCAUGGCCCCUACCCUGAGGGACCCUACCAGCAAGGACCCGGGCAGCCGGGCUUUCCCGUGGACCCCUCUGCACCUGGUGGCAGCCCCGGUUACCAUGGCGACGUGCCUCCGACUUACUACGACAACGAGGAGUUCACCAACUCGGGCUUCGAGGACAAGAGCAUCCGACAGGCCUUCAUCAGAAAAGUCUUCUUGGUCCUCACCGUGCAGCUGCUGAUCACCUUCUCCUUCGUGGCCGUGUUCACCUUCGUGGACGACGCCAAGGUGUUCGUGCGUCGCAACCCUUGGACAUGCUACGUCUCCUACGCGGUCUUCCUGGUGUCCCUCAUCGUGCUCAGCUGCUGCGGGGAAUUCCGCCGCAAGCACCCCUGGAAUUUGGUGGCACUGUCCAUUCUGACCCUGAGCCUGUCCUAUAUGGUGGGCAUGAUCGCCAGCUUCUACGACACCGACACCGUCAUCAUGGCCGUGGGGAUCACCGCUGUGGUUUGCUUCACCGUGGUCCUCUUCUCACUACAGAGCAAGUACGACUUCACUUCCUGUCGAGGCGUGCUGUUCGUGUGCGUCAUCGUCCUCUUCCUCUUCAGCAUCCUCUGCAUGUUCAUCCGCCACAAGAUCCUGCACCUCGUCUACGCCUCGCUGGGUGCCCUCUUGUUCACCUGUUUCUUGGCUGUGGACACCCAGCUUCUCCUGGGCAACAAGAAGCUCUCUCUGAGUCCCGAGGAGUACAUCUUCGCCUCUCUCAAUCUCUAUACAGACAUCAUCAACAUUUUCCUCUACAUUCUGGCCAUUGUGGGACGCUCCCGCGAUUGAGCAAAAAAAAAAAAAGGAGAAUAUGGGCCUGGGGUGAGGGCAGGAAGCCUUCCUUUUUUUUGUUCUCUUUUUCCCCUCCCAUCCUUCAUUCUGCUGUUUAAUUUAUUGAACGUUUUUCGCCAGUAUCGCCCAAGUGGCCCCUCACACUUUUAGCGCUCCCCGCACCGCCACUAACACAAAACGAUCGUCCGCCGGCAACAUCGCCCCACCUUUCGAUGUCAGUUUUGGCUCAGCACAAGACACAUCUUUUAUGUGCGUGUUUGUCUCGCGACAACUGGAAAUAUCUCCUCCUAUUGUAACUGCAUGGCAACGGCGCAAAAACACCCUACGCCCAUUUCUAUAGGUACAAGUGAAUAGCUCUUGCUUAUUAGUUCGGCUGUAAAUAGUUAGGUGUACCGCUAUAUGAGAAUGCCACGCUACGCUCAUUUGGGGAUGUGUUGCUUUUAGGCAGAGGUGUCCAAAACUGAAGGAAUGCACGGGGCAUUUUGAUAUUUUUUUUGCCUUUUGUUUAUUGACGUUGCUAAAAGCAAUCAAAUGUGGAAACAAACAACGUGUCCUGAUAGGAUCUUAACAUACACAGCCCCCAAAAAAUUCUGCUUCGGUUCGUACUUUGAUGGCAAACUCACGGUUUGUUUCAGGAAGGGAAAUUGCAACUAAAAUGGGAAAUGUUCCAAUAAAUGAAGGUGUAUCAAAGACAAUCAUACUUUGCCCUAAAAUACAAAUAUAAAAUCUUGAAUAAUUUAUCAAUUCAUUACAUCGUACUUUUUUUUUUCAUUUUUAGGAAAGUGCAACAUCAAUAGCUUUUCUCCUAUAAUAAAAUCAACGACACAGAAAA